CCGAUGUGUGUCGUCCCUCGUCACUAAUAAUAAAUUAAUGAUAAGUUAUAUUAUACCUACCUUAUACGGUUAUACCCUAUAACACUAGUAAUAAUGAAAAAAAGUUCAGUGACUGCGUCCGGCCGAUUAUGUCCCGAGUUACAACCGUAGUCCGUACAGACGGCCAGCCCGCAGUCAUCACUCGACAGUCGACACUCAUCAGUCAGUACUUCAAUAGUCACCGUAGAGGCGAAGCGGCGACUGAGGAGGAAACAGUGGCCAUUACAUCUGCCAGAAGUCGGGCACACGGACAGACCGGAAAUAACAACAACAGGCCAAGCGCACAAACAUUCAAACGUAUACGUUUGUGCACUCACUGUAUGGAAGCUGGACCGCCUUUUGACCAACAUGGCUCGAGAACCGGUAUUAGUGCACGUCUAUGAUAUGUAUUGGAUCAAUGAAUACACCACACAUAUGGGUCUCGGUGUAUUCCAUUCUGGAAUUGAAGUGUAUGGACAAGAAUAUGGUUAUGGAGGUCAUGAUAGAUCAGAUUCUGGAAUUUUCGAUAUGAUUCCAAAAGAUGUUUAUGAAUUAGGAGACCAUUAUAGAUAUAGAGAAUCAAUAUACAUUGGUAGUACAGAUUUUACAGUUAGCGAUGUUAAAAGAAUAAUGAUUGAACUUGGUAAGGAUUUUCGAGGCGAUAGAUACCAUUUAAUGAAUAAAAACUGUAACCAUUUUUCUGGAUCAUUAACAAAGAUUUUAUGCGGACAAGAUAUACCAAGUUGGAUAAACAGGUUGGCAUAUGUUAGUUCGUGCAUUCCUUUUUUUCAACGCUGUCUACCAAAGGAGUGGUUAACUCCAAUCUCUCUUCAACGGAAUUUGUCUCGAAGAAAAUCAGAUGCUUCAACAGAGCAACUCAACCCAUAACAUAAUUAUUUUUACAUCAUACUUAUUAUAAACCAUAAUAAUAUGAUGUAUGCCAUUCACAUUAAUUGCCUACUACUAAAAUAUACAUGUACAUGCAAUGAUAUUAUUUAUAAUAUGUAUAAAAACAAAAACAAAAAUUGUAGAUUUUAAAUUAAACGCUUUGAAUUAUAUUA